UUAACGGGAGUGGGCUACAGUGGACAUGUAGCCAUGUAAUAAAGAACACGUGUAAUUCUAAUAGUUUUUGCUGCCUCAUUGGACUCGCUGACUAUUGGACUCGCUGAUAGAAGUUAAAGCUAAGCCGUCGGUCUGGCGACGGCAGCAGCGUCUGUUUAUAUUCAUGGACAAAGACAAGUGUGGCGACAUUCUGUGCCCUGUGCUUCUUGCAGCAUGCUCAGUGCUCCUGGAUGGAGAUGCAUCAGUUCAUCGGCGACUUCAUCACGUCUGGAAGCACCUCGAAGGAGCAGCCAGAUGUUCUAAACGCGUGGGGCGUGGCUACCGCCGCUGCCGGUGAGGCCCUGGCCUUCAAAGGUGCUUCACUGGAACCUCUACCACAACCCGGACCUGCCCGGGACAAGUCAGAGGCAGAGCCAGGCCGGCAGGGCCAGCCCGGGGCAUCACAGAGGAAGGGAGAGGCCAGAGGCAGGAGAGAAGAUGUGCAUUAUGCCUGCACCUGCCCCGGCUGCCCUUACUCCACAUCUCCACCUUCCCUUGAGAUUUUAAAACCCAGACAAUCUUUGUCCUUGCUGCCACGCUCGGAUGCAGUACGUCACCACUUACCGGACACCGAGCCGAACAGCACCACUGCCACGUCUGAGCUGGAGACCAGGACGCCCAGCCGACCGCAGAGGGAGGAGGCAGGCAGAAGGACUCAGAGCCCAGACCAGAGCUCAGGCUCUCCUCCCUCCAGGGCGUCCUCAGGUUCCUUAUCCCACCUCUCCAUGUUUCCCUGCUUGUGUUGCCAUCGCAGCCUCCAAACCUGCACUCAGAUACUGGGCCACCCGGAAGACACAGACUCCCCUUUUUCUCACACCCACGCGCACCAUCACUUUCACCACCACCACUGUCCUUUAACCUCUUGUUUACCCUGCCCUCAGCUCGCCCGCUCUCAUGCUCCACAGCUCUCUGGCCCUUUUCCCUGCCUGUCUUGCCAGCACUCCCUUCCCAGCUGUACUCAGGAGUGCCACCACCAGCACAAACACACACACGCUCAGCACCAAGAGGAAAGAGGCAGGGCGGCUAUAAACAUGUCGCUGCAUCCCUGCAUGCACUGCUCUGCCUCUUUUUCCAGACCGUCCCAGUUGCUGCAGCACCAGCGCUCUGAGCAUGCUCACAAACCAUCCGGCUUCCUCUGCACAGAGUGCGGCAGAGCCUUCAACUCGCACAGCAACCUCCGCAUCCACCUCAACGUGCACACUGGUGCCCGGCCCUACACCUGCUCCGACUGUGGGAAGAGUUUUAGCCAGUCGGGGGCCCUGAAGAUCCACAGGCGCAUUCAUACAGGUGAAAGGCCGUAUUCCUGUGGAUUUUGCGGCAGGGGUUUUCCCCAUCUGGCAGGGGUCCGGGCCCAUCAGAGGACCCACACAGGGGAGAAGCCCUACCGCUGUAGCCAGUGUGGGAAAUGUUUUACCCAGUCAGGAGCGCUUAAGAUCCACACCCGCAUCCACACUGGAGAGAGGCCCUUUAUCUGCAGCAUCUGUGGGAAAGGCUUCUCCAACCGCUCCGGGAUCCGCUUCCACUACCGCACAGUCCACGGACUGGCCCCCGAACAUGCCGGAGAAGCUGGAGCUGGGGCCGCAUCUCGGGGACCAGCAGGCCGUGGAUAUCCAUCUGGGCGUCCCAGAACUUUUCCUCCAGCCGGCGUUGGGCUAAAUACACCCAGCAGCCCAGAUAGCAACUCACAUACAUCUCUAAACUCCAGAGAUCUUCCCGUGUCGAACGCAGCUCAUCCCAGCGCGGCUGCGCUUGGCAGCAACGGGAGCAAAUCUCAGUCACAGGGCGCAAACCCAGGCAGUAGCAGAGAGGGGCUUCUGUACGCUUGUGAAGACUGUGGCCUGCGUUUUAAGGAUGCCCCGUCCAGGAACAGACACCAGACUCUGAUGCACUACUCCUCUGAGGGGAGGGAGGAGGAAGAGGAGGGGCAGAGGAAAGAGUUAAGCACAAACAUGAGGGUUCAUGAUAACAUUGGAGAGUAAAUGAAUGGUGUUGGUGCACAGGCUGAACAUCAACAUUGAAACACCAGAGCAAAUAAGAGUAAGAAAAAUACAAUUGUAUGAAAUACAUUUUGUUGUCAAGUAUUAUUACUCUUUUCAAUUUGAAAAGUCUUUGAUAUUGAACCACUUCGUUUUCGAGCUAUUUUAUAGACUUAAAUUAAGCUUUUCAAUUACAAAUUUGUAACACCUCAAAGGAUUUCAACGAAAGAUUCUGUAUCCUUUAUUCAGAAAAAUGCCUGUUUUUUUUUUAUUUCUGAUUUGAUAGAAGUUCUGAUCGGCUUACAUUUUUCUAUUACUGAGGUUUCCUAGUUAGUUUGCUGCAGAUUCAUUGCAUAAUAAAAUAACCUUAACCAUAGAAUAACCUUAAAAACCUUGCUGCUGCAAUCACACACCAGGCCAACUCCUGAAGUAUUUUUCUUAAUACACUUGUUUUAUUGUGCCUUAUUCAGCAGAGGAGGAGGUUAGCAAACUCAUCACUAAAUGUGACACCACAGAAGUAUUCCCGGAAAAUGACGUUUGAUGGUCUUUUAGUAACGUUUUCAGAUAUUAUGAAGGACCACCACUGCCAUCUGACCCCUGUAACAGGACAAAGUACAGUUUUCUAUCUAUUUUCUUCAUCUUUUUGUAUUUUUUCCUUUAAUAUGAUCAGUCUGAACAGCGGCAAUGUCAUAUCAGUUUAUUUCAAUUAUUUAAUCUGUUUAAGACCUAUAUUUUCCAUACAAAAAUAAGGACAAUCCAAUGGACUUUGCAGUAAAUAAGUAAGUAAGUAUGGAAUACAGAGUUAACUUUACUAAGUGUUUCUUACUUGUGGGAAAGUUCACAGUAAGUAUUACAGUAAGACCACAUAAUGGGAUUGUUUUUUAAUGUUAUGGUUUUGUGAUGUUCUUAACCCAUCAGAAAGAAAGAACUCUCUUUUCCAGACUCGUUGGCAGCAAGAUUAAUCUUGCUCUGGAGUUUAGUUGAGGUAUGUGUGUCUUUCUCAAGGACACUGCAGUGAGUUGAAUCACAGGGUCCUCCAGCCUAAUCAUGACAUCACCUUACCUGGCGUGCCUUUCUGUGUUACACUAUAAUUCAAGCAUAUGCUUUAAACCAAUGUUUGUUACUUUACUAUGUGUUAAAAAUUGAUAAUUCUGUGAGGAAACCAGCAGACAAACUGUUACUGUACAUUGUUGUUAGAUGUUUAAAGCUCAAGAGAGCCACCUAGUGGUUAUACAUAAUCAUAGCGACAAUCUUAACCACUUUGUUACAGUGUACCAUUUAUAGUGCUUCUUAAAUGUUGUUUAACAUUUUGAAAUUAUACAUUGUGAAUACAAUGUUUUGUCAGGACAAGUAACAUUCAACCCACUUUGUUUUUUUUCAUUAACCUGUUAAAUAGACAUACAUCACUGUAUGUGUUUUCUGAAAGUGCAGCUUGUGAUUAAACAUUUCAUCAAUAAACAGUAUCUCUGA